GGUCCAAUUUCAACCUUGUCUCCAUGAAUUCAAUAGUUUCGUAGUAGCUCGGUCCCUACACGGCCGUAAUCACUGUAAUAGGAAGAGGAAACCAUCGCAGGACAUUUUCGAAUGUUUUUUUUUUUUUUUUUUUUUUUUUUUUUGUGGUCGCCGCGUCGCCAUUGAGUUCGUCGACAAUAACGCGUACAAACUUUCCUGGUCUCGCAGGGGAGAGGAGAUGAAUUACGAAUUCGAGCGAGAGAGCGGAUUUAUCAAUAGUCAGCCGUCGCUUGCUGAGUGCCUGACAUCUUUCCCCCCUGUCGCUGAUUCAUUUCAAAGUUCAUCAAUCAAGAGCUCGACACUGAUUCCUCCCCCCUUCGAGCAGACCAUCCCCAGCCUCAACCCGGGCAGCCACCCGCGCCACGGCCGCCCGAGACACAGCCCCGACGGAUGCAGCCCGCUGCCCACCGCCUCGCUGCCGCCGGAGUACCCGUGGAUGCGGGAGAAGAAAGCCUCCAAGCGGAACCACCUGCCCACGUCCACCGCGACCACCUUAGCCAAUAAUGGACCCGUCUGCUUCUCCCCGAAAGGCUCGCCUGAAGUCGUGGAAGGCGGAGGGAUAAGCGCCGGCUCCCGCCGCCUCAGGACGGCCUACACCAACACGCAGCUCCUGGAGCUCGAGAAGGAGUUCCACUUCAACAAGUAUCUGUGCCGGCCCAGGCGGGUGGAGAUCGCGGCCCUGCUCGACCUGACCGAGAGGCAAGUCAAAGUGUGGUUCCAGAACCGGCGCAUGAAGCACAAGCGCCAGACCCAGAGCAAGGAGAACCGCAACGGGGACGCCGGCAAGGGUCCCGGCGGUGGGGAGGACGGAAUGCACAGCGAGGACGACGACGAGGGGCCCCUGUACGAGCAAAGCGGGGCCCUGCUGGAGAGGGACGCCUUCUCCUUUCACAACAACAAUCUGGAUUCCGCGCAGCAGGUCCACAAUGGCAGCUCGCUCGGUUUCGCCGCUGCGCCGCUCAACAGCAAUGAGAAAAAUCUCAAACAUUUCCCCAACCCGUCACCCACUGUUCCGGGCUGCGUGUCAACAAUGGGCCCGGGCUCGGCAUCUGCGCCGGACAAUGGCGGCAGUCCCCCCGCCCUGGAUGUUUCUAUGCACGACUUCCAGGCGUUCUCGUCGGAUUCCUGCCUGCAGCUCUCCGACGCGGCCUCGCCGAGCUUGUCGGAAUCGCUGGACAGUCCCGUGGACAUUUCUGCAGACACCUUCUAUUUUUUCUCGGAAUCCCUCACUACAAUCGACCUGCAGAAUCUCAAUUAUUAACAUCAAUCAAUCGCGACUCGUUCUCCGUCUUUCCGGGGUCAACUCGCAUUCUUAUUUGUAUAUUCGGCGCACAAUUUGUGGCACGGGGCAAGAUGAAAAUAAAUCACGGAUAAGAGGACAAUAAUUCUCACGGCGGAUUUUUUUUUUCAUUUGGAGUGGAAAUUAUUAUUGGGUGUGUGUGAAAAUCGAUAAUAUUCGGCCUGUGUGGAAAAUUGUCCUUUUUAUUUUUGUAUAGCUCCCAAUGUCUUGACUAUUUUUGUUAGAAUA